AUGGCUCCUCUGCCUAUGGAACGCCGACCGAUCGUCAUCUCCGGGCCCUCGGGCGUCGGCAAAGGUACACUCUGUCAAAGACUCCUCAACACAUAUCCCGGAACAUUCGCAACGACAGUCUCCCACACCACUCGCAAGCCCAGACCCGGCGAGGUGGAGGGCUCAGACUACUACUUUGUCUCUCGAGACAAGUUUGAGUUGCUUAUCGCCCAGGGUACCUUCAUCGAAUUUGCCGAGUUCAAUGGCAAUUUGUACGGGACUAGCAAGCAGACAGUUAUUGAUCAGACUACGGGAGGGUCGGUCGUUUUGCUUGAUAUUGAAAUGGAAGGGGUCAAGCAGUUGAAGGCAGAGGAGUCCAAGGCGGAUUCUCAAAUGAAGCCGCGAUUUGUCUUUGUCAGGCCGCCAAGUUUGGAAGCGCUCGAGGCACGGCUGAGGGGACGAGGUACUGAGGAUGAAGGGAGCAUUCAGAGGAGAUUGGCUCAGGCAAAAACUGAGCUAGCGUACGCAGAAACGGGUGUACACGAUAUCAUUGUCAUCAACGAUGAUCUCGACAAGGCUUUCCAGGAUUUGGUGGCAUUCAUAUUCAACCAGUCUAGAUUGCCAGCUCCAGUGGAAAACUGA